GCUAACACGCAGACACUAAAGUCUAGCUGCACUGCUUAAACUUGAUUUUUUUUUCUCUCGGCAACAGGGGAGAAAAGUUACAGCCAACAUGAAGUCUUGUUUGAGGAUAGUUUUACUUGUUUUUCUGGUUACUGGAACAUUAACACAAGAGUUGGAUCUGAACGAUGCCUUUGGUCCAGAUCCAACACUAGAGCCAAAAGCACCAGAACCCAAAAAGCCAAAAGUCCCAGAUGUGCCCAAAACUGACGAUAAAUCAGAGAAGAAACCCAGCUCUGGAGGAGGAGGACUUGAUCUGGAGGAUGCUCUGGGUCCAGAUGCCCCCACUGAGAAACCUGCUCCUAAACCACCAAAGGGUGGAGGAGGUGGUGGAUCGUUUGACGACUCAGACCUGAUAGGUGUUGGUGAAGGAGACUACAAACCUGAUGGAGGCCGCUCAGGAGGUGAGACAUCACUCUGA